AUGCAGGAUGAGAUAGAUGUUGAAGUCUAUCAAGAAGAUAUAGAUGUGAAGAUGUCUGCUGAAAGACAACGUAAAGGUAGCAAUAACUUCAUUAAGGAUUUAAAGUUAUAUCAAGAAUCUUUCUCAAUCAAAGUGUUUAUACUAAAAAUGUCCUUGGAGCAAUUCUCAUCUUCAAAAGGCUCAGGUCAGGUUCAUAAGAUUAUUGUGAUUGACGAAGAGAGAUCGAAGAUUCAAGCUACACUAUUCAAUGCUACAUUUAAAAUAUUUGAAGAAUACAUCCAUCUCAACAAUACUAUUAUCAUCAAGAAGGGUAUAGUCAGACCUACAAAUAGGAAAUAUGCAUCAGUGAAUUUGAAUUUCAAGCUUGCUUUUGGAAAAAACACAAAGAUCACAGUAUCAAAAAAUGAAAUCAAUAUUAGUACUCUACCAUUUUCAUUCAAGUUAUUUGAAGAGGUGACAAAGACAAAUAAUAAAAAUAUAUUUUUUGAUGUGUUAGGAUUUAUCACUUCAGUGAGACCAUUAUGCACAACAAAUACAUCAGUUACAAGAGAGAUCACAAUAAUGAAUGAAAAGAUGGAUACAUUGGUAUUAACAUUAUGGGGAGAGCAUGUAGAGAAAGAAGGUUAA